AUGUCAGGACUUUUGAAUCGAUUAAAAAGCCGAAAGGGUGGAUCUCAACACACAAACAAUAGCGACCACGAGUCAUCACCAUCGUCAAGCACGUUCGAUGAAGAGGGUUUUCUUUGUCCGAUUUGUCAUAAUAAAUUCAAUGACUCAUCAAGUCUAGCACAACAUUACACACAAACUCAUACAGAAGAACCUGUUGUUGAUAAACACGAUACAACUAGUGUGAAGAAUGUAAUCGAAGAAGGAGUAAAACUAAGUGCAGAUGCUGCUUUAUGGAAGCAACAAUUCACUGUGUCAGAACAAAGUCGAAUUUUAUUGACAAGUGAAUUAGUGCAACAAAAACAACAUGCUAAUGAUCUUGAAGAACAACUUCAAUUAUUCCAAAAACAUUUUAAGAAUGCACAAAUAAAACUAGCAGAUCAAUCUCAAGAAAUUGUUAAUUUAAAAGCUACAAAAGAUAUCUACGAUGCACAAUUCGCUACUUUUACAGACGAACUUGUGAAUACAAAAGCUGAAUUGAAAGAAAAAAAUCAUCAAGUAACCGUUCUAUGCGAUGAUCUUAUUCCAAGAUCGACAAAUGAUGAUGUCGAUGUACUUAAACGUGAACUUAUUGUUGUUCAGCAACGUAUGUAUGAAAUAUCAUUAGAAAAAGAACAAGAAAUAAGCCAACUGCGUUCUACUCUUAAAGAAAACUAUAAAUAUACUGAAAAAUUUGAUCAAUUCGAAAAUUUAUUCAAUCAAAAUCUAUCAAUCUAUGAUGCGAUCAUCAGUGAAAAUACGUCUCAAAUUCAAAGCGGAAUUCAGGAAAUAAAAGAAUUUGUUAGAUUAACACGCGAGAAUAAGGAUAAAUUUCAGAUGGCAAUAAAAUAUAUGCGUACAAGUCUAAAAGAUAAUCGAACUGAAAUCGAACAUUUGAAACAAGUGAACAUUGAAUUAAACAAUAAUCUUGAACAAAAAAAUCAAUCGAACGAAAAAUUAAUCAAUGCUUUACAACUCGAACAAAAGCAAACGAAUUCUUACCGAAAUCAAAUUGAAUCAUUAACUAAUGAAAUUCAUGAAUUGGAAAAAACAUUGAAUGAACUCAAAAAUGCGAAAAAUCAAUUUAUUCAAAACAAAAUGGAUGGUGAUGAAAAUGAUGAACGACAAAAUCUUGUUCGACACAUAACAGAAGAAAAAGACCAAUAUGAGCAACAAACAAAAGAUCUUCGAAUAAAAAUAAAAGAAAUUUCCAAUGAACGACAACAAAUUCAAAACGAAUUCGAUCAGAUUUCAAAUCAGUAUACUCAAAUAACAAACGAAAAGAAUCAAUUACAAAAUGAUAAAUUAAAAUUGAACGAUGCAAUCGAUUCACUCAAGAAGCAAUUACAAGAUAAUAAUAAAGAUAAUGAAACACAAAUGAAUGAAAUAAAACGCGAAUUAUCAACUCUUCGCGAACAGAAUAAAACUAUUGAACGAAAUCUUCAAAAAGCAAACGAACAUAAUGAUAAUCAAAAACGAGAAAAAGAACAAAUCAAAAAUGAUUUAACAAAACAAAUGAAUCGCUUAGAACACGAGAAAAAUGAAUUAAAACAAACGAUUGAUCAACAUGAAGUAACAGCUAAUGAAAUUAAAAAACAAUUAAACAUAGUGAAAAAAGAAAAAGAGAAAAUUACGGAGGAAUUACAAACGAGAAUUUCUCAAUUAAAUGUCAAAUUAGAUGAAAAAGAUGUUUCCAUUAAGCGAUUGUCGAUAGGUGUUCAUCGUGGUAUUAAUGUUGCUAAUAAAGCUCAUCAAUAUCUUCAACAAAAUAUUCACGCUAGUCAAAUGAAUCUAGUAGCUGCUAUUGAACAGGCUGAACACGAGUCUCAAUCAAUUCGCACACAAACGCUAGAACAAAUUCGUGAGGAAUUCACUAACUAUUUAAGUAUUGUUCAUACAAUAGUUACUGAUAAUAAAGCUAAAUUUGAGAAAAAAUUUGAAAAAGAAAAUUCAACAUUUAUCCAAACAGAAGAACAAUUAAAUAAAAUCAAACAUCAAUAUGAUCAAUUACUAAAAGAACAUCAAGAUCAAAAACAAAAAUAUGAAAUGCAAUUAAACGAAGUUAGUCGUAAUUUACUCCAGGUUUCUGAAUCAUUGUCUGCCGCUACUCAAACUGUUGAUCUUCAACGAGAAAAAUAUGAAAAACAAAUUAGUUCAUCGGAAUCAGAACUUGCAUUACGAGCUAAAAAACAUGAAAUGCAAUUAACGGCUUUAACAGAAAAUUUAGCUACUUUAAGAAGUGAAAUUAGAAUUGCAAAUGAAAAGUUAUCAAAUUUUGAACAAAUUAAAUCAGAUAAAGCUGAUAUUGAAGCACGUUUAUCGAUCAGUCAGGAUGAACGUCGUUCUCUAUUAGAAAGAUCAUUAGCGAGUGAAAGUAAAAAUGAUAAACUUAUAUUUGAAAAUGGUCAAUUAACAAAGAAGAAUACGGAGUUGGACGCAGCUCUACAAGAAAUAGCACGAGAAUAUCAAGUUCUUCAAAUUCAAAAAAAUAAAAUAACACAACGUCGAUGGUUAAAUGAUGAUGAUGUCGAUUUAUGUAUGAAAUGUAAUGAAACAUUUUCAGUUACACAACGUAAACAUCAUUGUCGAAAUUGUGGAAAUAUAUUUUGUGAUAGCUGUUCAUCUAAAACCGCUAUUGUUGCAGCAUCAUCAAAGAAACCACAAAGGGUUUGUGAUCACUGUUAUAAAGACUUGACUUCUUAA